AGGCUGCCUCUAUUUCUACCACCACUGGUCAGAAUACAGAAACUGUGAACCCUGCCAAAGAUAAUGUACACAGUCCUGGGGUAGACCUUAGUAGCCCACUGCCCCCUCCUCCUCCUAUGGUGGGCAAAGGGGGAGAGAAUCCUUACAGGAAAAGCCCUAUGAAUGCACCAGUACCACCAGUGGAGACAACACAGUCGCAUCAACCCAGUGUUGGCAGUGGAGAUGGCGGCACCUCCCCUGAGGUCCAUAUGGAUAUAUUUGCCAGCACGAUUACGCCAAGAAAGGAGAGCCCAUUCCAACCCCCGCUGAGGGCGCCCAAGAUCCUCCCGUACCCGGAGGCACUACAGCACACAGAUACCGCUGCUGGUAAGCCAGAGGUUUCUGAACAUUCCAAGUCUGGUCAUCCUGUGUCUGUGACCCAGGCGGACCUCCGGAGCGCAGAUGCCCCUCCCCCUGGGAGUCCCCAGCGUAGGUUAUCAACACAGAGACUACGAGACCAUCACAACAUGUCUCCUGCGACAACUCUAUGGGAAAAUCCAGCUCCACUGUCUCUGGUUGCUAAUAAUAUACUUUUGGCUCCAGCAGCCUCAACUAUAAGUCCGAUGACAGUGGAUCGGACUCCAGUUAAACCAGCUGGGCCUGCAGGAGUGCAGCCAACUUUACCAGCUGAAAGUCAUUUGGGGAUAGUCCCUCAUCAAAGUGAUAAUUUCAGUGAUACCUCCUCUCUGAAGUCUGAAGACGUCGAGGUCAGUAAGAUUACAGCUGCCCCAGGGGGAGAAACUGCCAAACCAACCCCAGUUAGCAAACCAACGCCAAGUCAGCCAAAACAAAAUCCAGUCAAUACCCCCAGUGCCAACCAGCCCCUUCCUCUUCCUCCUUCUCAACCUCCUCCUCCUCCUCAGCAACAUGUGAAUCAAAACCUGAGCCAAAAGACAGAUGGCACGUCCAUUUCAGGAAAAGAAAACGCCAAAGAUGAAAUCCAAGAGACGCCAAAACGUCCAGUAGAAGAUCGCCAGAGAGGCAGUCGAGAUCAGAGGUCCAAUGAAGAUACGGGUGGUGACCGGGGCAGGAGAGAUGACCGACCAGAUGAAAGGAACUAUAGAAGAGAUGACGACAGACUAGACGACAGAGACAGAGUUAGACCAGGAGAUAGAGACAGAGAGGAGGACAGGGAUCGUAGAAAACCACGCUAUGACAGAUAUGGUCGGCCGUACGAUGACUAUGACAGAGAUCGAGACAGGUACAGACCCUCUAGUCGCCAGGGUUACGAUGAUGACAGAUCUAGGGGGGAAUAUGAUAGCUCGGCUGAUCCCAGCCCCAGGGGGAGUAGACCUGAAGAUCGUGAUGGACCAAGAUCCAGAAGUGAUUAUGAUAGAGAUCGACCAAGAUACAGAGAUGAUUACGACAGAGACAGGCCUCGAUCAAGAACCGAUUACGACAGGGAUAGACCUCAAUCUAGGACUGACUAUGACAGAGAUAGGCCUCGAUCUAGGACUGAUUAUGAUAGAGAUCGACCACGAUCCAGGGCCGAUUAUGAUCGAGAUAGACCAAGUUCUAGAACUGAUUAUGAUAGAGAUCGCCCCAGGUCUAGAAAUGACUAUGACAGAGAUAGGGGAAGGUACCGACCUAGUUCAAGGAAUGACGAUGGGCGUAGGAGAGACAGGGAUUACUAUUCAGACAGAAGAGAUCCAUACUAUAGCGAUCCGAGAUAUAGUAAAGAAUAUUAUGACUACUACAAGAAGUACUAUGGCUAUGGCAGUGCUGAGGACUAUUACAAUAGCUAUUACUACGGCAGACAGAGGGACCCCUAUAGCAAGGGGUAUGCAGAGGAGAUGAAGUUACAGGGACAGCAGCCAUAUGAUGACAGGUAUAGAGAUUACUAUGCCAGGCAGUACAGUGGAAGCCAGCAGUAUGGAUACAACUAUGACUAUAGUGGGCGUGGCAGUCAGCCUGGCUCCAGGAGUCAAACUCCAGGAAUGGAAGAUCCAUAUGCUGGUUACUACAGUGACCCUCACAACCAAUCCUAUGCAGACUACUAUAACCAGUAUUACUAUGGUGAUACAUCAUACAGUCAGCAGUCACAGGCAGGAGCUGGCCAGGAGGGGCAGGCAUCUGAGUCUCUGGAACCCAAGGAACCUGCCCGCAUGACUCCCGUCAAGUUCUCCAUCCCCCACGUACGUGCCACCUUCAGUGCUUGUGGUCAUCUGGUCAAGGUGCUGCCCAACUGUCCAUCCAGUGGGGAGCCUGCCAUGGUCCACAUCAGUGAUUUGGAAUCUGUGAUACCCGAGUCUGACGAGGCAGAGGAAUUACGAAUAUUCCCUGGACCGUUGAUAAAGGGCCAGACCCAUAAGAACGAUGUGAUAGCAUUCUGCAUGCACAAGGCCAAGGAGUGCAGGGAAAACGUGAACAUGAUAGACAGGGAGAGUGCUGAGCUGCUCUGGAAGUUCUUAGUUCUGCUUAUCAAACAGAAUGGGACUGUGGUGGGCACAGAUGUUUCAGAACUUCUCCUAGAGGGCCACGAGCCGACGACGCGCGAGUACAACCGUAUGGGAAUGAAGAUAGUGUCUAGUGCAAUGGAGUUGGAUGCCUUGGAAGAGGAGUCGGACAGUGUUCAGCAAGAUUCUGUUGCCACUGGCGACGACCUCAAUAACACGUCUGUGACGAGUGACAGGUCAUUUGUGAACAAACGAGGGUUGCUACGAGACGAGAGUGUUGAUAGGUUUAGACAUUUGUUGCUGUUUGGAAGAAAGAAGGAUGCCCUGGAAUGUGCAAUGAAAAAUCAACUGUGGGGCCAUGCUUUGUUCCUUGCCAGCAAGAUGGACAAUAGGACAUAUGCCAAUGUCAUGACAAGAUUUGCAAACAGUGCCAUGAAGAUGAAUGAUCCCCUCCAGACCAUGUAUCAGUUAUUGUCUGGUAGACAGCCAGCUGCUGUUACUUGUAUCUCAGAAGAAGGCUGGGGAGACUGGAGACCUCACUUAGCUAUGAUAUUGUCUAACACCACUCCAAAACCUGAACUAGACAGGAAGAGUAUAUCAACAUUAGGGGACAGCUUAGCUUCUCGUGGCUAUCUCCAUGCUAGUCAUUUCUGCUACCUGAUGGCACAGGUGAAGUUUGGAACCUUUGAGAGGAAGACUUCCAAGAUUGUGCUGAUUGGAUCAAAUCACAAUCUGUCUCUUGAUGAGUUUGCUGUCAACCUGGCUAUCCAGUGUACAGAGAUCUAUGAGUAUGCCCAGUCCCUGGGGAGUCCAUACACUGCCAUACCUACCUUCCAGCCAUAUAAGUUCAUGUAUGCAUGCAGACUGGCAGAGCUUGGCUACUCUGAAGAGGCGUUGACGUACUGUGAGGUGAUCUCUAGUACAAUCCAGCAGGCACCUGGUGCAUACUCCCCUGUAUUGGUCAAACAGUUGUAUGAGCUUGGCAGCCGACUGAAGUACCACGACCCUCAGACCAUCCACUCAGCUGAUGGAGAGUUUGAUGAUCCUUACUGGCUCAAAGCUAUGCCAAAGAUCAUGCAGGCUUUCCAGGAUGGUAGUAUCCAGUACCUAAGUGGAGCAGACACUCCUGCAGGGUUCCUAUCCAGCGCUGGCAGUGAGGACGCUGAGGGAUUCAACCAGGAUGCGUCCAUGACUCAUUACCAAUCCUCCUGGCAGCAACAGCAGCAGUCUUUAUACCAGGGGAUAGAUAACGUGGAUGCUCAGCAGCAGCUGCAGGGAUAUGAUACCCAGCAGUAUCAAGGUUAUUACCAGCAGCCAGAGGACGGUCAGCUUCAACAACAACGACAGCAGGGGGACUACCAGUUCUACAACCCGCAGGCAGGGUUUCAGGGAUAUGAUAGCACACAACAGAUACAAGAUGUCAGUCAGAGUCAAGACAUUCAUGAUCAGACGGGAGAGUUCAAGCCAUUUGGUGGCCACGACCUGAACUUAGCGGAAAGCUAUGGCUCAAACUAUACGACAACAACAGUGACAUCUACAGGAAGCACAGACGACCCUGAUUCACCGUUUGCUCAGAGUGCGGCAACGACAACAUUUGAUUACUAUGACAUGAAUACUGCACAGCAGGCAGCAGAUCAAGUUGUAGAAAAUGCCGCACAAGCCACACGGACACGCACAGUAAGCGGCAGCAGCACGGGUUCAGUGAUAUUCAGACCCCAUAAUAAUGUCAGCAACCUUGGGAACGCGACGUCGCAACGAGUGCGUACCACGAGCACCAAUAGUUAUGCCAGCACUAUCCGCAGAUCUAGUUUUCAGCAGCAGCCAGUUCGGCAAGAGUCAGCUGAAGAAAAGCCAGCAGCACCACCUCCAACGAAGGAAGAAAAGAAGAAAGAUACUGGAGCCAAAAAGGGGGGCUGGUUAAGUGGAAUUUUCAGAUGGCCUAAGGGAAAAAAUGAGAUGAAAUUGCCAGAUGACAGUAACCCUUCUAUUGUGUGGGACCCAGUCAAAAACCGCUGGGUGAACACGGAUGGAGAAGAGGAGGAGACGACUGCGGCACCGCCGCCAAAGGAUACUGACCUUAUGGGUGGUGCCAAGCCUGCUCCAGCUAUAGCUCCACCAGGGGGCAGCACAGGUGCAGGUACAGACAUGACAGCCCCACCCCCACCUGCUGGGAACAAGUUCUCACGGCCAAAAGCUAGAGGUGCCAGGAACCAGUAUGUUGAUGUAAUGAAUCCGACCAGUGCCUCUGCUGCUGGACCCCCUCUAAACCUACUGCCCAUGAUGCCAGCACCAUCUGCCCUGCCUGCCAACCUCUUUAUACCUCCUCCAGCUCCAGAAGGCAGUGAUGCACAGGCUGAAGGUGUUGAUCAACAACAGCAAAACACUGAUCAACAGCAGCAUCAACAACAGGACCAACAACAACAACAACAGUUUCAGGAUCCAUACCAACAACAACAGCAGCAGCAACAGCCACCUCAGUCGCAAUUCUACAACCCUGGUCAGUUUGCCCAGCAGCAAAUACAGGAUCAGGACCAGCUGUCGCGCUCCAGUUCCAUGAGCUCUCUAUCCAGAGAGGUGCAACAGUUUACUCAGGAGGGCCAUGACACAGCAGCUCCCCCUAGUGGCCCGCCAAUGAUGUUCAACCCAGCGUCGUUUGGUGCUCAGCCCUCUUCGGUGCCGGCUGCAGGGCCAGGACGAGGACCAAAGUAUGGCCAAAGGAGGCAGUAUCCUCACUGAGGACUGAACUGUGUCCUCACUGAGGACUGAAGAAUAUCAAAUGAGAAAGUUGAACUUAAUUGCAGAUGAAAGAUUUCUGGAAACUUCAAUAAUCUGAAAAUUGGGGUGGUGUAUUUAGGCCCACUGACCUCCAUAUAGAACUGCGCGCCAAUCAGCCCUUGUAUUUUCUGGGUUGUGUCAUAAGGUCCGCUUUCAUCUCUGCUCAGUGGAGUCCAGAACAUAAACAGAAUGGUUGUGCGAGUGAGGAACAGUGCCCACUAUAUGACACUGCAGGAAAUUAGACAGGAUUUUGGGUAAUGUUAAGAUGGAAACGGGGUCAUUCCUAAGACUGGCAGCACUAAGGCAAGAGAUGGAAGGCAAAGUGAUAUUCCAGGAUUUCAGUGAAUAAAGGGAAGAAAGGGAGGGAGAAAAAGGCUAAGCUGAGGAAAGAUGAUUACUCUAUGUAAGCUGUUGGAGGUGAACUGAAAUCAUUAUGCUGGUUUUGUGAACCAUUUGGCUCAAGUCAAAAGUAAAGAUUCAGGCAGUACAUGACUGCAUAGACAGUGUAGAAUAUAUUAAGUGGAAUGCGGGAAGAACCAGGCAGAAAUGUACAUGAAAAAGAGAUUGAAAAUUUGCAAAAGGAUGAACUAAUAGCUAAAUAAAACAGGGUCCAUGGGCCAAUUGACAGAUGCAGGAUUGCAAAGUUUUGGAACAUUUUGGGUUUCUCAGGAUGUAACUGUAAGGUUGCACAACAGGGAAUACAGCCCUAAGUUAAAACCAAAAGAAAAACCAUUGUUGCAUUGUGAAUAUGUAAUAAAAAGAAAGGCACCAAUAUAUGGUAGAUUUAAAUGUUGUUAUGCCAUGACAUACAGAUUAUUACAUAGAAAAGAAAAACCAGAAUGCACAGGGAGGCAAGAGAUGGAUAGCUAAGUUAUGAGUUAAGUGAACUUACGUUGUAGUGUGUUCUGGUUGUAGCAAGUAAAUAAAUAGGUUGUGUUGCAUAGGAUUUAUCCAUGAGGAGGUCACAAAAAUGACAUCCUGACUAUUGGCAUCAAAAUUGAUUUUUUUUGUUCUACUGCAGCCAUGGGUAGUAAUGCAAGAGUAUGCAUCAAAAUUGGUCCAGGGUGGUUGUUAUACAACAGUUGGUGCUUACAUGAAUAUUUAUAUGAAUGCUUAUAAACAAAUUUAGAAAAGAGGACAUGCAAAAUAUUAAGUUUAAAGGAUAAUAGUGAAAUGUAUGUGCAGUGCUGGAAGAUAAACUGCAUACAUUUACUAUAUGACAUAUACAUAUUAUAUGAACCUGCAUGUACAAAUAACUAUGUUUAUGUACAGAUUAUUUCGUAUAUCUCAAUUGUACAUAGUUUACUUGGUAUUAAUAUUGUGAUGAUAACAUUUGAGUUUAUUUUCAGCUAGCAUGCCUUAAUCAAUAUACCAGUAUAGGAUUUCACUAUGACAAAGUCUCAUUUCACAUACUAAUUGAUCUUUAUUGCUUUAUAUAUAUAUAU